AUGCAUGCCUGGGCUCCUUAUAGGAAGUAUUGUUGGGGCCAAGAUGAAUUUGUUCCACGAUCAAGAAGCUGUACGAACACAUUACAUGCCGGACUCACAAUUGUUGAUUCCCUAUCCACAUUAUACAUAAUGAACUUAACAGAAGAGUUCAAAGCCGCUCGUGAUUAUAUCGCAAAUGAUUUUAAGCCUUCUGGAUCAUGGUCUUUAUUUGAAUUCCUUAUAAGAUUCGUUGGUGGUUUCGUUUCAACAUACCAAUUGACUGGCGAUGAAAUUUUCUUAAAAAGAACUGUUGAAUGCGCUGACGCCGUUUAUCCUCUCAUGGAAGGAGGUAUUUUUGGAGGUGGUAUAGAUUUAUCUUAUAACGGCGGCAAGCUUACAGCCAGAAAAACUUCAAAUGGAGGUACAAGUCUUGCAGAUACUUCUACAUAUCAAUUAGAAUUCAUUGCUUUAUCAAUGAUUACAGGUGAUCCGAAAUAUAUUAGGCUCGCCAUGAAAACAUACAAUACAAUUUGGAAAAAUACAGCUGGCCAUGGUUUAAUCAGCGGCCCAUACUCUUCUUGCGGCCAAUUACACGUUGGCGGAGGUACAGACUCUUACUUCGAGUAUAUCAUCAAGAUUUACGUAAUGACUCGUGGUUAUGCCAAAAAUUUCUUGGAUAAAUAUCUCGAAAUUACAAGAGAUAUCAAAGAAAAACUUAUCAUUCAUUCAGGAAAGAACAACUACACAGGUCUUGGCAUUAGUUACGGAGGGGGCCGAGCAUCUCCGCACCAAGAACAUCUUGCCACUUUUGCAGGCGGAAUGUUAGCAGUAGGAACCGUAAAAGAUAAUCCACGUGCAGCAGAAGAUCUAAAACUAGCAGAUGAUUUAGCUACUGGUUAUUAUUAUUCUUAUGCAUCAACACAAACAGGUGUUGGACCAGAAAUCAUGGAUUUCGUUCAGUCUAAAGACCGUGAUUUCAGAGCAAGUGAUCCUACUUACAAACUCAGACCAGAAUCUGUCGAAUCUGAAUGUGUAAUGUUCAAAUUCACCGGAUUACCUAAAUUCAGAGACUAUUCGUGGAAGAUGUUCCAAGCAAUUAACACAUACGCAAGGAUGGCCCAAGGUUUCGCUUGGAUUCAGAACGUUGAAUCAAGAGAUAAGCACUCAGGAACUCCGCAAGACUCUUAUUUCCUCGCUGAGACCUUGAAAUACCUGUACUUGACCUUCAGUGAUUCAAGUUUAAUUUCUCCAGCAGAAUGGGUCUUUAAUACUGAAGGACAUCCACUCAGAAUAUUCACUGAGGAAGAAGCAAAGAAAUGGGCACCAUAUUUGAGUGGUUCUUUAAUAAGAUCAAUUCUUAACUCUUAUAUAUAUCAUUAA